AUGGCCGGAAAAAUUUUAAGUUAUAAACUUUCCAGUGGAUAUGAAAUUCCUAUGAUUGGUUUAGGGACUUAUGCGCGCAAAGCUGAUACUGGUCAAUUUCGCCAAGCAGUUGAAUGGGGCAUUGAAGCUGGAUAUAGACAUAUUGAUACAGCAUCUUGUUAUAAAAAUGAAGAAGAAGUAGGUGAGGCUAUAUCCAACAAAAUUUAUCAAGGCAUAGUGAGCAGACAGGAUUUGUUUGUAACAACUAAGUUGUGGAAUGACAGUCAUGCAGAGCAAGAUGUGAUUCCGGCACUGAAGUCAUCACUCAAUAGGCUGAAAUUGGAUUAUGUUGAUUUGUACUUGAUACAUUGGCCAGUUUCUGUAAAUAGCAUGGGGGAGGACAUGAAAAUUGACUUUGUUGAGACGUGGCGAGGUAUGGAAGCUGCAGUCAAAGAAGGCCUUGUUAAGUCAAUUGGUGUAUCAAAUUUUAAUGAAGAACAGCUUACUCGACUGCUGCAGAAUGCAAUUAUUAAACCUGUAGUCAAUCAGUUUGAAAUAAACCCUACACUUACGCAGCACAAACUCGUUGAUUUCUGCAAAAAACGGUCUAUUAUGCCAGUGGCGUAUACUCCUUUAGGAUUAAUCUCUGAAGCGAGACCAGAGUUUAUUGGCAAAGAUGCUAUCAAGACAGACCCCAAGUUGGGAGAAAUCGCAAAAAAGUAUAAGAAAACUCGCGCGCAAAUCGCUUUGAGAUAUCUGAUUCAACGUGGCGUAGCGGUUCUACCAAAGUCGUUCACCAAAUCGCGUAUAGAAGAAAACUUAAACAUCUUCGACUUCGAAUUAAGCGAACAAGAGAUGGCAAUAGUAGAUAGCUAUAAUAUUGACCAUAGAUGCGUUCCCGGUACGGCAUUCUGCCGACACAACAAUUAUCCAUUCUGA